AUGAAUCACUCCGUUUUCUCUAACAGCGACCUUUCUCAAUGGCUCGCCAGUCCUGAAUACCCAGUGUCGCGCUUGCUCACCAGCCACGGUGGCACUCGAUACAAGGCCCUGGUUUCGGAGCAGCUGUACCCCCCUGAGGUUUCUAAAGUCAUAUCCUACCUCCGUCGCAUGCCCAAGGGCAUAGAUCACGAGUCUCCACGUGUCGGUCUCGACUACAUUGAGCUGAUUUCGCACGAGAUCGAUCAAUGGAAGCUCACGCUUGAAGGCCAGGAAGAUUUGUCACGCCUGCACCGAAUGGAGCUCAACCUAGCUACGAGUGUCUGUCUACCAUGGAAAGUUACGAAAACUGGAGACAAAAAGAAACCGGAACUCAUCGAGUGCGAAAUGGACUCCUUUCUGUCUGAUUUCAGACAUUUUGAAUCCAUCGCUUCUCUUACCAAGGAUAUCGUCGAGGCUAUCGCCGCUAUCAUGGCAGACUAUCUUCAGCCAGGUCUGGAAGAAGAGCGCAAAUCUUUUCGUGGUCCUUCGCAGAUAAUACCCAUACCUACGGAGUCGAGAUACAUCGUAAAAGUUUUUGAUCUAUAUCGUCACGCACUUCCGACGGAGUCUGGUGAGGGUGUCAACACCCUAUACAAGAAGGAUGGGAUGGAGGAACAGAAGUUAUGGGUAUCGAGGCCCCUUCACCUAGCCGGUCUUUUCACAUGGCAGGUUGUUUGCAAGCCCCACUAA